GAAUAGACACGACAAUUGGUAUCGAGACCUCUUUCUUGGGGGCCCGCUCUAGGGUCUUUCUUGCUUCCGCUGGCGUGCAUGGCGAAGCGCGACUCUGGUACGCCCUGAUUCUGCAGUUUUUCGCCUGCACUGCUUUCGUUUUUCCCUGUUUUCACUCUCUGCCUCUCGCAGAGAACCGCGCCGCGUCCCCCCCGCCUGGGAGGACGAAAUCUCUCUGUACUUCUCGGACGAGGAGGCGCCUGCUGCUGAGGUGGACGCCCAGGGCGAUACUGUCAUCGCCGAGGCUGUGGAGGGCGCUGAGGACCUGCCUACCACCUCCACUAACUUCUCCAUCCGGUGCAACCACUGCGGCCAUUCUGUCGGCCUGAGCGUGACCGGUUGGUACAAUGUCUCUGAACGUCAAUAGGGAACCCCCUCCGCCUGGGACUGAGGGUUCCGAUGGGGCUGGCGAGGGGACGGGACUGCCGGGGUCUUCGACUGUCAUCGCGCAGCAUGACACCACUACUUCUGGAGCAGCUUACCUUCUUGCCCAGCUUCAGCACACUCUGCAGCAAUUUACUCUGUCUUUUGCUUCUUCGCUAGGGCUCUCUGCUGCUCCUACUGUUCCGCCCACUCGACUGACUCCCAUUUUGCCUCCUCGCACACUUGCUGCCGACCUGGAUGCAGCUGCUGUAGUCGACACUGGUGCUGCUGGAGGCGCCAACGAGGCUGCUGGAGGCUCUGCUGGACGCGCUGCGGCUGCUGGCGCUGGCGAGGCCGCUGAGGCGACCGCGCAGCUGGCCGCUGCCAACCUGAACGGCGAUGCGUCUCCUCCGGUGGGUGGUAGCGUGCCUGGGGCCUCUGAUGGCGAGCGUGACGGGGAGACUGGUUCCCGGGGAAUUAAGGUGCCCAUUUCGCCUCCCGAGCUGAACGUGGACGGUCUGAAGUCGCAACAGCAAAUUCUGCGGGCUAGGGCGUUUCUGAGGGACCUUAAGCGCUACUUUGCUGUCGCUGAGUGGGGCAGCAAGGACGAGGCACGUUGCAUCUACAUCUCGGGUGCACUGAAGGGUUCUGCUAAGACCUGGUAUGACGACUGGUCCCUGUCUGUGGGAGACUCGUUCACCUCUGAUCAGCUUCUGCUAGCUAUUAGGGACCGGUUUGCACCCGCUAUCCUGACCCUGUCUGAAGAGGCCCGCAACAAACUGUCGAUGCGGCGCUACGCCAUGCGUGAUAAGGAAGCGGUAGCUGCAUACCUGACUCGCUUCAAUGCACUAGUCGCUCCUAUCCACGACAUCACCCCAUCUGAACGCAUUUUCUGGUUCCGCACGGGUCUGACAGAGAAGUUGGCUGGCAAGUGUGCGCGGGACACUAACGGUCAGCCCUUCACCUCCUUUGACGCGCUGGUGCAGCAUGCCCUGAAUGCUGAAUCUAAGAAGGCUGCUGGUGCCUUUGCUGCUGCAUCCUCCCUCCGCCUGCACUACACACAGGCUACUGACGACGCCAACGUGGAGGAGGGCGAGGACGACCCCAACCCGGCUAAGCGGCAGAAGCGGUCUGACGGCGCUGGUCCGUCGGCUGCUGUGGCGGAGGUCGCUGAUGGCUCUCUGCCCUGCCCGCCGCGCGCUUCCGAGGAGACCAAGUUCGGCGUCUCCGAGGAGACUCUGCAGGAGCGCAAGAAGGCCGGCGUGUGCUUUGUCUGCGGCAAGUCUGGCCACGGCGUGAAGGCGCACGUCGGGUACAGCGGUUGGACUAAGGUCGUGCGUAAGGGGGGCCCGGGUGGUCGCGGUGGCGGCCGCGGCAAUGGUCAGGGUCGCGGUGGCAAGGGUGGCCGCGGCGGCGCUGCUGGCAAGUCGGGCAAGCCCGGCAAGUCGGGCCGCAACUAGGGGGUUGCCCAGGACGUAUACGAGGGUGCUCCUGGGUGCGCUAUCCUGUUGCGUAGGUUGCCCCACAUCGCUCUAAAAGACACUCGAGCUUUACUCCCUGCUGCAGUGAAGCGCAUUGAAGACGCUGUUGGUCGCAAGCUGACGUUUGAUGGACAAGUACGGCGUGCUGGCUUCGGUGAUGAGUGUAAUCUUUAUGAGGUGCCUCUGAACGUCCCUCUCUCGUCUCUGGGGUUGGGCGGGCACACUACGUUGUUUGUUCCCUCGUGCUUUUCUGAGCUUCAAGCGCAGGUCUCCCGUUUCAAGGCCUGCCAGACGCUGCGACCUGCUGAUACCGCCGGCGUCUUCGUCAUCCCUACCUACCUGUCCAAGGCCAAGCCGUGUCAGCUACUGCUGCAAGGGAUGUCGAAAGCGGUGACGUUUGGGGCUGGGGAAGCGUUGUUUCAGGGGUUGACUUUGCAGAACCAUCCUGUUGUGUUGCCUGCACUUGAGUCUAGCGUAGCUGUUUGGUACGCACCGCCCCUGCCUGUUAGCAACGCGAAUUCUUCUCCUCAUGUCUCUUCGUUGUAUCUGACCGCAUCCUCUGCUGUGCCGUCUGCUGCCGCUUCGACCGCAGGGCCUCUGCCUAUCGUGCCUGCACGAGUUGGCGGCCUGCGCGUGUCUGUGCUCGCUGACACUGGAGCUAGUCACGACUUCGUCUCCAAGGCUCUGUGUGACCAGCUGGGACUCAAGUUGUCGAUGGUGGUAAGCAGACCAUUCUGGGCCGUGUAGCGUUGCGCGUAGCGUUCGGUUCUGCAUUCCUUACGCUCCGUCCGUUCGUCCUGCCUACCUUCACUGAUGCCGCGCAAAUGAUCAUGGGUGCUAGUACUAUGUUGCGCGAGGGGGUAGCUGUAGACAUGGGUAAGCACGCUCUGGUGCUGCGAACGGCCAAGCGCACUGUUUCUGUACCGCUCCGGACCAUAGGCUUGCAUGCCCUGACUGUAGCGUCCGUUGCGAUCGACCAACCCACUGAGAACCUGGCGUUGUCGGCCAUUAUUGCCAUGGCUCUGCACGCCAAACCCGGUAGUUCUCACUACCUCCCUUAAUCGGGAAUAGACACGACACCGACGAUGGCGCCCUCAGCGCUGCUGAGCUGCUUGCAGCGCUGGGCAGCGCUGCCAACGGUAAAGCGCUGGGCUCGGAUGGGCUGCCUUACAAGGUGUACAAGGUCUGCGGGACCAGGCUGUCUUCGGGUCUCUGUGCCCAGCAGUAGGGGGGUAGCGUGUCUGCCCCUGGUCAACUCUGUAAGGAUGAAGCCUA